CAGAUGUACCAGGCCUGGAGAAUCCAAUGUUAGUGGAGAGAUUGCAGAGCAGCGUUCAACUACACUUGAAUGAGUAUGUGGCUGCAAAACAUCCGUAUGAUCAACUCCGCUUUGCUCGUAUCUUACUCAGUCUGCCACCACUACGCAACAUCAAAGCCCAAGUGGUCACGCAGCUAUUCUUUCGUGACAUCAUAGGCAAUGUCGCAAUGGAGGACUUGUUAACUCAGAUGCUACAAGGGUAGAUGAUGGUCAUGAUAUCUCCACUCUUUACUGGUGAUCUUAGAAAAGCAUAAUAUCUGCUCAGUUACUGUUCAUGACUUCCGGGAGUGGAUGCAUAGACUUCGUACCAACCAAUCCUUUGAUUUACCUCUUUAGAUUGGUUGAUCUGAAGACUGAUGUUCUCUGAGCCGUGGGUUUGCGAACCAGCAUUUGUCUGCUAAUACAACUCGUAUCUAGAUUGCUAGAUCUUGUUGAGCAAUACCAUGGCCCAGAGUUUGCCAAGAUAGUAGGGUUAAUGGUGUUUUUGUUCUUGGCCUGGUGUUUUAAAUGGAAAGAGAAAAAAAAAACUUUCCAGCUUGUUUGCAUUAAUAUUUAUAAUUGUACAAAGAAAGAAUAUCAAUCAAGUUACCUUUAAUAUCUCUCCAGUCUUGAUGGAAGUUCCUAAAUAAAAUCUUCUAGAGAUGAAAAAAAUAGGAGAGAAAAUUUAGAUGGAGAGGGGCAAAAGCGAGUUUUAAAGAUAUCGUCUCAUUCUUGUUCGUGUAUAUAGCUAUAACAAGAAGUGUUCGAGUUGUACAAAGAUAAAAUGGAUAUUUAAAUUGUUUGCCUCCAUUCUUCCCUUCUGUGGUGGAAAUAAUUUUGUUUAGAUAAAUUAAACUACAAAGUUUUAAGCCAAGCACCUUUGUUAAAGUUUGUUGUCAAAUCUAUGUAUUGUUAAAUCCAGGAGAAUAUGUUUUUGUUAUUAUGGGUACAUUUUUUAUCCACAAAUUUCCAAUGGUUCUCUGUUAAUAAUAGUUUAUUGUGAAAUUGAGACUAGGAGAAUAUGCAUGAUUUAAAUGUCUAAACAGUCUUGAAACAUAAACUACAACACCAAAUUAUUGUAAAUUGGUGCAGUAUAUUAAUAGACAUUAGAAAUCUUCUCUACAGAAUGUUUAUGUUUUUAUUAAGAUUUUUGUUGAGUUUUAUUCAAUUGAUAAUUAUGCUUAUUCCCAUCCAAACCCUUUCCUUAAGUGGAAUAUACACCGCCAGCACUGAAAUACAACCAACUGAAAUAAUAUUAUGGGGAUAUGUGACGUUUUUGUUGAUUGUCAACUGAAUCAAAACGUUUUAUAUUUUUAAAGUUUAAAAUUCAUUUUGAAGAAUAGAAAUUUAAUGCCAUGCAACAUUUUAAAGCAAUAUUUAAUUUGAAAAUCUAAAUAAAAUAAUAUUUUACCACAAAUCCUGAAACUACUAUAAUUUUUACUAAAUUUCCAAAUUCAUAUGUAAUGUUUCUGUUUACCAGAUGAUAUAACAGAAAAAACAAAGAUUUUAACUUAUACUUAAUUUCCUUUAUAUAUUAUGUUCACACUAUGUUGGCAUUAACAAAUUUCAAAAUUGGUACAUAUGUUGUUUUUGUUAGACUUGAAAUCUAUAGUAAACAUUUGUUUCAAAUGAUUUAAGAAGAAAUAAAAAUUAUAUUAAAAUCUCCAAAAACAAUUUUUGUUUGCUUUAGCAACCUUGGAAUAUAAACAUUUUGUUUACUUUUAAAUUAGGUCAAACUAACCCCUGUAGUUGUUUUUUCUGGAUGCCAAUAUUGUCAAUGCCGAAGAGUUCUAAAAUUAGUAAAAAUCAAUGGCAAUUAAUCCAACUAGGAUAAUAAUUUUGUUUGUCUGUUUGGCGAGUAUAUCUGUAUGGCAAAUGACGGUAAAAUUAAUUUAUGUAUUUCAAACAGACAUUACAUCCGCCCCCAUCAUUCCACCACAAUUAAGACUAAUAACAUUAAUUUACUUUAAAAUAUUGAUCUGAAAUGGGUGCUGUGGAGAUAUUGUAAACAGAAGAUGGAGAAAAUAUUUAUUGAAGUCACAGAAAUCCUUUCCUUAAAAAAAAGGCAAUUUCUGAACAACAAACCAGUAAAUUUGAAAUAUUUUAAUAUCUAGUCAUGUUUCUGACAGUUUAUUCUGUUCAAAACAUUACUUAAAUUUUGUAAACUUUUUAAAAGGGUUUUUUUUUUCCCAGACUAGGGCUAAGAAUGUUUCCUGCUAAAAUAUACAAUAAUAAUCAGAAAGAAAAAUUGAAAAUAGUUGCGUGUACCUCUGUUGAAGCCUUUUAAUUUCCCCCCAACUCGUAUGUUUUAAUUGAUGAAUCUUAUGGAAAGCUUGUCUAUAUAUAAGGUAUAAAGCCCUUCUUAUUUUAUUAAGACUUAUUAUUCGUCGUGACAGCUGGUUCAUUUUUGUUGUGUGUGUGUGUUCUAUUUAAAUUAAAGCGAACUAGCUUUGGCGUGUCAUUUUCUUUCUGUGCAGUUAAUUUAAACCGUAGGUCCGUGUGUUGUUUAAUUGUUGUGUUAUACUUUGAGGAAACUAGAUCGACUGUACACUGUACAAAGAAAGUUGUAUAAAGUAAUGGCUGGCCCAGAUUAUGGUUUGGGUGUUUUACUCUGUGCAUUAUAUAAUAUAGAAACAAUUUGAGAAUGUGAUUGAUAAAGUAAUGAGCGAGAGAAAAGAAUUACAUUAUUGAAGUUGUAUAGAACAUCUUUUAUUUGAGAAAAAAAUAAAAAUAAAUCAUAAACAAAAGUA